AUGGCCCAGCCUCCACCCGAGCAGGAGCGAGCGCUGGGGGAGGGCGGCGAGCGGCACGUCCCAGGCAACGCAUGCUUCCAUGUGUUCAUCGUGAUGCAGGCGAGGUACAUCCUGUGGGCCAUCCUCACGGAGCAGCGUCCCCGCGCCGCCGUCGCCGUGCUCAUGAUGUUCACCAGCCGUGGCGUGCUCGGCUGCGCCAUGCAGCUCCCGCUGCCGACGGAGUUCCUAGGCUCCGGGAUGGACUUCUCCUUCUUCCUUUUCUUCUCGGGCCACGUCGCCGGUGCGGUGAUCGUGGCGGCCAACAUGCGCCGCAAGAGCCGGGUCGCGCUGGCGUGGCUCUACGACGCGCUCAACCUGCUCCAGGGGGCGUGCAGGGGACACUACAACAUCGACCUAGCCGUCGGUGUCGGGGCAGGGAUCCUCUUCGACACGAUCGCCAGGUGCUACUUCGACACCAAAAAUGGCGGCGGCAAGAACGCGCACUGCCGCAGCUGCCAGUGCCACAAGGCUCUCCUCUCGCACUAG